UUUUUUUUUUUUUUUUUCCUCGUGUGACGACAGAAGCCGUUUGCUGCGCUGGGAACGUACGGACCGGGCCACGAACCGAGCCGCUCAUCCAACUGACCAGUGCAGGGUACUAUCAAGGGUAAUCUAAAAUGUCUAACGGUUAUGAAGAUCACAUGGAUGAAGUGUGCAGAGAUGACAUGGGUAGAACAAACUUGAUUGUAAACUACCUUCCUCAGAACAUGACACAGGAUGAAUUGCGCAGCUUAUUCAGCAGCAUCGGUGAAGUGGAGUCUGCAAAACUUAUCCGGGAUAAAGUUGCAGGUGAAUGUCACAGUUUAGGAUAUGGCUUUGUGAAUUAUUUAAAUGCAAAAGAUGCUGAAAGAGCAAUAAAUACACUUAAUGGACUGAGACUCCAAUCAAAGACUAUAAAGGUAUCCUUUGCCCGUCCAAGUUCUGAAAACAUUAAGGAUGCUAAUCUGUAUAUCAGUGGACUCCCAAGGACAAUGACACAGAAGGACGUAGAAGACAUGUUUACAGGUUUUGGCCGUAUCAUCAAUUCACGUGUCCUUGUUGAUCAAGCCACAGGUUUGUCCCGUGGUGUUGCGUUUAUACGGUUUGAUAAGCGAUCGGAAGCCGAAGAGGCAAUUGCCAGCUUCAAUGGGCAUAAACCACCAGGUUCAUCAGAACCAAUCACAGUAAAAUUUGCUGCCAAUCCUAACCAGAAUAAAAACAUGGCUCUUCUUUCCCAACUAUGCCACUCUCCAGCACGGCGCUUUGGAGGGCCAGUCCAUCAUCAAGCUCAAAGAUUCAGGUUUUCUCCCAUGGGUGUUGAUCACAUGAGUAGUAUAUCUGGCGUGAAUGUUGCAAGCAGUGCUUCAUCUGGCUGGUGUAUCUUCAUCUACAACCUGGGACAAGAUGCUGAUGAAGGAAUUUUGUGGCAGAUGUUUGGUCCCUUUGGAGCAGUCACUAAUGUGAAGGUUAUCCGUGAUUUUAACACCAACAAGUGCAAAGGCUUUGGUUUUGUUACCAUGACAAACUAUGAAGAAGCUGCAAUGGCCAUUGCAAGUCUUAAUGGCUAUCGUCUAGGGGACAAAACCUUACAGGUUUCCUUCAAAACCAACAAGUCACACAAAUAACUUGCUCUUAAAAUUUUGUAUGGAAUAGAAAAAAUAAGAUUGACAAAGUUGUGGGGGGAAUCAUUUUUUUUUUUUUUUUCUUUUUCCUUUUUUUUUUUUUUUUUUUUAAUUUUUUUUUUUUUGUCUGUGACCCAUUUUGCACCAUUUUUCACAAGUGUAUUUUGUCUUAGUCUUCAUGAAAAGUGGAAAAAGAUUUUUUAUACUCUGGGGAUGCAACAUACAUGUUCAAAUGUUUGAGAGAUCCCACCAUAAUAGACCAAUUUUAAGUUGCUUAAGUUAUUUACUUUAAAUAUGCAAAUAAAAUUAAAGAUGAAUAGUUAACAUAAGUCUACCCUAUAGACGGUGGUAAAUGAAAGCAUGCUUAAACCUUGAAGACUUCAAAAAGGUUAGCUCUGUGGGAUGUUGUGUUCCAGACACUGGAAAUAACUUUAUUUUAAUUACAUUUUCCGACAUGCAUCAAAACUUUUUUCCCACUACCCCCCCCCCCCCCCCCCCCCUCUCCCUUCAUACUAAAGAGCUUGUAGGUUUGCUAAGAUAAUAUGUCUGCAGUUUACAUUAUUAGAGCUAACCACAGACAUUUAAACCUUUUAGAAAGGAGAUCUUUAUUAGCAGCAUGUCUGUUAUAUGUGCAGUCCCAUGCUGGGCAUCAUUUGACUGUCUGCUAUAUCUUCAGUAGGUGGCAUGAGUUUUUUGUUUUUUUGUUUUUUUAAAUGGCGGAGUGAGUAUUUUAAAUUUCUUUUUGGAAAUGAAGAUUGGCUUUGUGUGGAUUUAUUAAUCUUAAAUUCUGAGUGAGAAAUACUUUGACCUCAUUUUCAAGCCUCCUGGAAUGUGAAUACAACUGAUCUCACUAAAACUGGUAGAGGGCAAAGUUGCCAUUCACCCUUCUACUGUAUUUAGAAGUCUAGAUAUUAAGGGACACUUUCACCUGUUGAAAAAUAUGUUAAGUUCUCGCCAAACACCUUUAUUAAACAUGUAUAUAGAUUACUGUUAUUUAACUAGUAUGGGCCUACAUUGUAAAUAGGUUAUGAAAGAGCCAUCACCUUGUGCAACAUUAAAUAACCAAUUUGAAAGUUUUUAACUUUUUUUUUUUUUUUACUCCAUAAGCCCAUUUAAUGAUAGGGAAGGACCAAAGAGUUCCAUAGAAACUCAAAAAAUUCCAGAGUUAUGUUUCAAACUCUUAAAAACCUGUUCAACAUUGCUAUAGUUUUUUUGUUUUUUUUUUCCUUUUUUUUUUUUCCCCUUUUUAUUCCCGUUUGGAUAAAAUGCGUAUUGUGCAGUAUGUUUUGACACUUCAUAAACACAUUCAUUUAUAUAUCCCGCACAAAGAACAAUAUUGAUACAGACAAAUCUUAUUUUAUAAAAACCUUUAUAAACAUUUGAGCAUUUUUUUCCCCCUCUUUUUUUUUUUUUUUUUUUUUUUUUUGGCAUCCCAUUUUUGUGACUUAGUGGUUUGUUUUUUUCCCCUGUCUUUAUUGGGAUUUUUGACCAUUCUCUUAAGUAGCAGAUUUAUUUUCAAGUUAAAUAUUAACAUAUUUGAUUACUAUUACUAGUUAAAGUACAAUUAACCCCCAUCCCAAGUUUUUUACAGACUGCCUUGAACUUUUUAGUUUUGUUCCUCUUAAUUUUCUUUUGCUUUUUUGUGUUUUGUUUGUUUUACUUUUGCAUUUGACUAUUAAAUUUGAUUUUGUUUUGCUCAAA